AUGAAAAUAUUUAUUUUUUUACUUAUAUCAUAUAUUUUUAUAAAUUUUGUAGAAUUAUGGCAGGCCGAGGUAGAGGUAGGGGUAGGGGUGGCCCUGGUAGCAGCAUGAGUUUUACAUCUGAUCAAUUAAACGCAAUGGGUUUAAGUGGACCUGCUUUAAGAGCAGAAUUAAACCAAGCCAUUAUUGGACCUCCAUUAACUUUUCCACCAUUGAUGAAUAAAGCUCCUCCUGUCACAAUUAGUCCCUUAGAAGAAUAUAUAUUGAUGUUAAAAAGAGAAUUGAAUGAAUAUUACAAAGAGAAUGCUAUCAUGCCUAAGAGUAAAACUGUAGAGAAGUCCAUUGUUCAGCCUUAUGGUAAUCGAUAUGCUGAAAUUCUAAACAAAACACAAGAAUGUACAUUGUUUGGAAACAUUUGCCAUUAGAACUGAAACCAGGAGGAAUUAAGAAUAGGCAAAAUAUUAAAUUAAGUACUAAGAAAACAAAGACAAUUGACAUUAACUCUAGACUAAGCAUUCUGGAGCAAAAUGAAUUGCAAGGUGGAAAGAAACGUAAGUUAGAUGAUGAUGAUUUAGAAUUGUUAAAUAAGGAAGAUAAUGAUGUUGAAGACAAAGAAGAAGAACUGGAUGAUGAGCAUCCUGAUGAAGAAAUGGACACAGGAACAGAUUAUGUUUGUGAUUACUUUGACAACGGGGAAGCGUUUGAUGAUGAAGAUGAUAAUUUAGAUGAACCUUGUUUUUAAGCAAUAUAAUAAUUAUAUUUUGUGAAGUUAUUUUAUAAAUCAGAUAUUUUAUAAAAUAU